AUGGCUGGUGUCAGGUCCACCAGCGAUCCGGUGGGACAAGGCGUGUGCCUGCCGCCUUUGCUGCAAGGUGGAGACACGACAUGGCCAUCCGAGGGUAUCUUGGUCCACAGGCAUCGACAUGGUGGAUGUGACAUGAUGUUGGUGGCCAAAUAUGGCAAGAAAUAUGCUUCACAGGUCUUCGAAGCUCAUCGUAAUAGCUUCGUUCAUGUGGGCGACUUGAAGGCCCUCGCGGACCUCGGUGUCAAAGUGGUGCGCAUCCCUGUGGUGUGGACCCUCUUUGCUGAUGCCCUUGCACCAGUGGCGAAAAUCUACGGAGAGCACAAUCCGCAGAGCGAUCAUGCAGUGGUGCGGCCCCCGGGAACCAUAUUGAGGAACCUGAAGCAGGUGUGCUUUGAGCAACAACACAAAUCAAACAAGGCAAUGGAAGCCACGAAAUCACACGUGCAGGUCCCGGAUCCCUACUACCCAGAGAAUGCCUCGCUGGUCACCAUCCCCCGGAAGUUGCUGGAGGAUCUCUAUGCGGAGGGGCACAAACACGGCCUGAAGUUCUUGCUGGACAUCCAUGCCUUUCCGGGUGGCUCUUCUGAUGGCACCUACAACGGAAUUUGGCCUCUGAAGCCCCGCUUUUGGUUGGAGCGAGUGAAGGUCGGGAAAGGUACAACAACUCUGCAGGAAGCUGGCUUGAUGAUCGUGGCAAAGGCCAUUGAGUGGUUAGAAUCCUUGACGGGGGAUGCUGCUGCAGCCGUGGAGGGCAUUAGCCCCAUGAACGAGCCAGGUCACCUCGCUGGUUUCCAGAAGCCAUCCUUCGCCCCCAUUGACGUGGUCUUGGCCUGGCUAUCCCAAACCAUCCACAUGUUCAGAAAGUCUCAGUGCCUCGGUGGCAAGGGGCAGAAACUCUACAUGCAAAUCAUUGAGACCGCCUUUCCGGACAACUCCUUCUGGAAGGUCUUUCCUUCGUGGUGGAUCCAGCAGACGAGCGUGACCGACCGAAACAAUUGGGCAGUGGCGGAUAUGCACUGGUAUACUGCCUGGGGAACCAAGGGUGGUGUCUUGGCGGAGUCCUCUGCAGUGACCUGCAACGAACCACUUCACAAGAUCUUGGAGGUGCUUCAACCUGGCGUUGAGGAUUUUGCAAAGACCUUCUACGAAAAGGUUCCUGGACUGAAGGCAAGUACGGAGUUCUCAGCCAGCACCAAUGCGGAUGCAUUGCUGGCGUGCCAACCCGUGGCCAUCACCCGGCCCUGGAUGGAAGCGCAGGUCACCACUAUGAAGCAGAAGGACAUCAAGCCGUUCUUCUGGACUUUCAAGAUGCCCUACGGACAUGUCUUUCAGUCCGGCUGGAGUUUGCGCAAGGCCACAGUUUUCCGAGCGCCCAGGGAACAAGAUUUUUCUAGCAUGCGUCGCUGCGUCGCAUUGCAAAUGCCGGAACUUGAGGACAUCGCGACGCCUGAGGCUAGAGCUUCGACGGCGGUGAGUCCCUUUGCAGGGGCAACUGGACCAGGCGAUGGAGAAGGAGGCGGGGGGAGAGACCGUGAUGGGGUCCGAGAUAGAGAACCACCUCCUUCUUACGAUGGUUUGGAUCCAGAAGGAACGUUUAAGACGUUCGAGAAAAGUGUGCGGCUGUGGGAGUUUGAGACAGACAUCCCACGAAGAAAGCAAGGUGCAAAACUCCUUAGAGGUCUUACAGGCAUGGCACAGUUGGCAGUGGAAAACAUGGAGUUUGAAGAAAUAGCCACAGAAGACGGAGUGAGAAACGUCAUGCGUAGACUGAAGGAGUUUUUCCUCCCACACUUGGAGGUCAGUUUGCCAAGGGCUUUUGAGAAUGCAGUAUAUGGAAAACCAAGACAGGCUUCUGAAGGAUAUGCAGAAUACAUAGCAAGAAUGGAAAGGGCUUUUCAUAGGCUAGAGAGAGAAGGAGUCACGAUGCCAGAUGGAGCCACAGGGUACAUACUGUACCGUCAUGCGAGCUUGACAGAGGCUCAAGACCAAAGGUUGCUGACAUGGUGUGAUGGAAAGUAUGACAAGAGCUCCAUAGUCAAAGCUCUUCGGAAGCUGGACAAGGUGGUGCGAGAGAAGUCGGGCAAGUCGUCCUACUUCAAUGACGAGGGCGAGGGCCUUGACGAGGAGGCCUACAUGAUGGAAGAUGAAGACGAAGACAAUUACGUCUACGUCGCCGAUGGCGAUUUGGAUCAGGUGUUCACCGAGGAGGAGAUGAUGGCUGCAUUGGCUAGCUACAAGGAGGUGAGAGACUCCCUGAGAGAGCAAAGGAACAACAGAGGAUACUAUCCUCGAGGCAAAGGCUUUGGGGGCAAGAACAUGACAAAGGGCAAGGGCAAGCACCGAGUGCACAUCGAGCAGCUCAAGUUGAGGACGAAGUGCUGGCGUUGUGGGGCACUGGGGCACAUUAGCCGUGAGUGCAGUGCGCCGGCUCCGGAACGCGGCAAGGGCUCGAUGGGAAGUUCUUCCAAUGCUCCUUCGUCGAACCCGUCUCAGAAGUCUGGUUUCUUUGUCAUAGGAGAGUCAGAGGGUGGCCAAAGCAGCUCAGUUUUUCCAGUUUGCCAAGAUGUGCAACAUGAUGCUUCGCACUGGUGGUUGAGACAGUUUGUAGAAGAACGCAGGCGAAAGAACGCCAGCGGACCUCAGAGCUUUGCGCAGUCCGAGAGAGCAUACAAGAGUGCAAUGUCCGAAGGGUUUUGCGGCAUCAUGACACAAUCAGCACAUGGAAUAGUAGAUACUGCAGCAGAAGGAGGCUUAGUAGGUUCAAAGGCAUUGGAGCGUUUGACUGGAGAGUUGCAGAAACAUGGACUUACAUGCAAGUGGACACCAAAGAGAUCAUCAGCAAAAGGCGUAGGAGGACAAGCAAAGGUGAUUGGAGUGGUGCUGAUACCUCUAGGAGUUGGUGGUUUGAACGGAGUUUUAGAAGCAACCGUGGUUGAGGGUGACGUGCCGCUGUUGUUGCCGGUGAAAAUGAUGAAACAACUCAAAGCGAUCAUUGAUUUUUCCAAAGGCAUCUUCACCAUCACCUCUGAGUCCAUCGAAGUUCCCAUGUUUGAGCUUCCGUCAGGGCAUGUCACGAUCGAUAUUCUGAAUUUUGCAGACACAGGUUUUGAGGUUUCAGAUCCAGUGGCACUACGUGGAUGGCGAGUGGUGAUGGACAAGAUCGUCACCAUCAUGCAAUUCGUGGAUCAGCAAUUGGCCGUGCAGGAGUGGUUCCCAGGCUCCUCUGGACUUUUGGUGCGGCCUACGCCGCUGUCCAAGGAGCAAGAGAAGGUCGAGGAUGUGUACGCCCAGCUGAUCGUUGGGGCGGAGGUGUUGCCUCCGUUGAAGAGCCAAGAGAAGCCAUCUACAGCAGCCAGCUCUUGCAUCCACCCGAAGAGUGCUCUGAAAGGAGGUGGAAACAAGAGCGCAUCGUACAUCUUUUGCAAGAUGUGCAUGAGCCGUUGGUCCAGCCCAAUGACGGCGGCAGAGAUACAUGCAGGCUUGAAAGAGCAGAAGAAGCAGGGCCCCUUGAGUCAAAAGAAGGAGGUUCAGAAGAAGGUGCGUGCAGUAGAGGAUGCAGAGAUGUUGGAGCCGCCAUAUGGAGAGGAGGUGAUUGCCAGUCAAGAGUCCAAGGAGAAAGAGGUAGUGCAUCAAAGGGCACUACUCGCCAUGCAUCAGGAGAAGGAGGAUUUGGAGAAGCAACUUCGUCAAGCUGUGUUGGUGCGGGAAGUCAGCGGAGAAGUUAGUGGUCCGCAAAGAGGGAGCACGUCAAGGAAGGAAGUUCUGGAAGUGCACUCAGAGAGAAUGCCAGUACUUCGAGUGGGUGCCGAGAACUCCGAGCCCACCACCGAGCGAGAUGAGUGGGUUCUCUCUGGUCACGUCACAGAAGACCGGAGAACAGAUGAGCGUGGCAUCUUCCAGGAGGAGGAGCAAGAGUCCCAGAACAGCACAUCGCACCCAUGCAGCAGGACAAGUGGCGGAGACGAUCUCCGAUUGAGUCAGGAGACCUGGCUCUAUGCGACGGCAGUCAAGGGACAGAGGACCUUGAACAGGGUGCUUCGAGGUCAUGAUCCGCAUUUUGCGGCCAGCAGUUUUCAGUAUGAAAAAGAAGAGACUGAAGGUGAGUGGAAAGUUAUGAGCGGGCAGAUACCUCCUCGGGAGGGGGUCUCUGUUCGAGUGAAAGUUGUUUUGCAGAAGAGGGCUGAAGCAGAGAAUUUCUUUGGCUUAGAGAAAGAGACGCAGUUCAAUAGAAAACAGAGAAAGAUGAUGAACAGGGCGUUUGAAGCAGUGACGCCUGUGGUGAGCGAGGUGUUCUCACCACCACGCGUCGUUGAGGAGGCGCGAAGACAAGGUCUGCAGCCGGGCACCUCAUUUGACAUCACAGAGGGCUGGGACCUUAGCAAGCCAGAGAUCAGGAAAAAGAUGUGGAGAAAGCUCAAAGAGGAAGAUCCGUUAUUGAUCAUUCUUUCACCUCCUUGCGUUGGUUUCAGCAUUUUGCAGGAACUCAACCUGCCUCACAUGUCAUGGGAAGAUGCAGUGAUGUUGAUUUCCACAGGGUUGGAUCAGUUGGAGCUCGCGAUGCUGAUCGCGAAAUGGCAAGCCAAAAGAGGCAGGUACUGGGGUCUCAACAUGAAACCCACUGGAAUCAUGGUCAAUUCAGAAAAGAUAGCAGCACGCAUGAACCGAACAUGCGACCAUCGACAUUUUCAUGCGCCUACCAUGAAUGGCAGACCAAAGAAGGCGCAAGUAUACCCUAAGGAGUUUUGCAGGCAGAUUAUUUUGGGUUUGAAAGAACAAAUGGAGGUAGAUGGAAAGUUGAGGCUGAAGUCAGAAGUUUUUGUAGAAGACGAAGAUGAGGAGAAUUCGGAUCAUGAGGAGGAUCCGAAUCCAGAAGCAGCCGCAGGAGAAGCAGAAGGAGAUUACUCCAUUUCAGAGGAAGAGAAGAGACAGGUGCAAAAGAUGCACCGUAGCUUGGGGCAUCCGCAAAAGCCCGAGUUUGUGCGUUUUAUGAGAGCAGCCAGAGUGAAGGGAGAAGUCAUUCGAUGGGCGGCACAUGAGUUCAAGUGCCCAGCGUGUGAGGCACGGCCCAAGCCGAAGGCCACGAGACCAGCAGCAAUUCCUAGAACAUACCAGCCAAACAGAGUCUUGGGGGUGGACCUGAUUUUCCUUCCAGAGGUUGGAGGAAAAGAAACAUUCCCAGCAUUGUCCAUUUUGGAUUGGGGUUCCAACUAUCAGGUGGUAGAGAGAGUCGAGAACAAACACCCAGACACCGUGUGGAACACAAUGUGGUCAUGUUGGAAGUUCAUGCAGCUGGCCACGUCAUGUGGCAUCGUGGUGCAGCCCAUUGCUGCAAAGGCACCAUGGCAGCAGGGAAGAACAGAGAGGCAUGGAGCAUUGUUCAAAGAGUUACUUGCCAAGGGCAGAGAAGAGACAGUCAUCUCCAGCCCAGAAGAAUUGAGGAGACUCAUGCAAGAGACAGAGAUGGCAAAGAAUCGAUUCAGCAACCGAUCAGGGUAUUCCCCAAUUCAGAGGCAGAUUGGGCAAUGGCCGAAGGUGCCGAGUGAACUCCUUUCAGAUGAUGUCAUAGACCCAGGAUUGAUGGAUGGUGCCGUGGUCGAUGACAUGGAGAGGAGUUUGGAGCUGCGAAGAAUCGCGCAAAAGGCGUUCAUCGAACACAACGCCCGAGAGUCCUUGAGGAGAAUAGAAAAAGGAAGGAGCAGAGUUCCCCAAGAGUUUCAGGCAGGGGACUAUGUUUACGUGUACAGAGUAGCAAGAGAGAAGAAGAGGAAGCAUGAGAUAGGGCCAAGGAGUCAGGAGCAUGUUCCAAACAAGGCAUCUUGGAUUGGUCCAGGAACUAUUGUUGCGGUGGAUGGAGCUAGCUUGUGGAUCUCCAUGUUUGGAGAAUUGUGGAGGACUGCACGCGAACAAUGUCGCACGGCGACAAACAUUGAGAAGCAAGGAAUUGAGGAGGUUAUGAGGAGCUGCAAGGAACUGGAGAGUCCAGGGAAGCGAGAGGUGAGAUUUCAAGAACCCCUCGAAGAAGGAGAGGCUCCCGUAUCAGAGGGAUACGCGCCAACCACUCCGAUAGACUCCCCUCGAGGUGGGGAGAUUGAGAACGGAGAGACAGAAGACUCGGAGAUGAGUCACAGAAGAUCAGAGAGAACAGAAGAGACGAUAGAGGAGCCAGAAGGAGAGGCCAGACGCAGAAGCUCAUUGACAGAAUCAGAGAUUCGAGAAGCAUUGAGAUCAGAAGAGGAGACGGCAGACAGGCCAGAGACAGAAGAAGGAGAUGAACGAUAUCAGAGGAUCGUCGAAGAGUCGAUCCACAGAAGUCGUCGCCUAGAGGGAGUCGACCGUCUGCCGAUGGUCCAUACUUCCAAGAAACCUUCUUUAUAA